GGCCGGGCUGCUGGCUGCGCCCCUUCCCCACCGGCAAAUCUCGGGCGCUGCUCUGUGCAGGAAAUCCUAAAAGAUUUGGAAAUCCUGAAGGAUUUCCUGUUUGAAAGCCGGCCCAACCAGCGGGUCCGGUCUGGGGCUUCCUGCUGGCGCCUGUUUGCAGCAGCUUUGGAAAAGCACCCGUGAGAGGAGCUCGAGCCGUGGAGCCCACGACCAGGACGGGCUGUGGGAGGAACACCAGCAUGGGCAGAGCUGCAGGUGGGCAGAUCCGAACUGCGCGGAGCGGCCGUGUCGUGUUUGCGUAACUCCAGGCUUUGGCUGCGGUGAUCAUCCGGCGGGGACAGCGGCGGAUAAACGCCUUCAAGGACACCUUCGUCCUCUGCCCCGUGGCUCUGGCUGGGCUGCCAGCAGGAUAAGGGUGCGGGUGGAACGCUUCAGCCCUCAGCUCGGCUCUGGCGGCUCUCGCAGCCCUCGCUCCUUGCUGCUGGGGGCACAGGGAGCACAGCCUGCUGAGCUGCCGGCGGCUGGGACGCGGAUGCAAACACAGAGGCAGAGCUGGGGCAGCGCUGCCUGGCAUCCACAGCGAGCAGCCGAGCGGAGCAGGAGAAGCUUGUGAGGACACCCAGCGCCCAGCGCUGCCCUCCAGCAGCGCCUGCGGGCCGGCAGCCCCUGGAGGGGCCUUUCAGCUCUGCUGUGCGGUUUGGUGCCUCAGGUCGGCGCUCCUUUGGAUUGCUCCCGUUGUUUUGAAGCGACAGGCAGUGCCUGGCGGGGGAGUCGGGCUCCACAUGUGCUUUUUUGUGGAGUAUCCAGACUUUGCAUCCUAAGAAAGCGGAGGUUGGGACCGCGGCAGGGCGGAACUGAGUGCUCUGUUGGAAGCAUCCACCCCAUCAGAGGAUCCUCGGGACCACACUGCGCUGCUGUCAGAUGCUCUGAGCUGCCGGGAUGGAGCUGCAGUCUGAGCUGGGGGCGAUGCUCAGCACCACGGGGGACGAUGCCCAAUGCCCAAAGAGCCCUGAGCCCCGCCAGCCACCACGGGAUGCGGGGGGGUCCGAACAAGAGGGGGAACUUCCGUCUGCCAGCGGGCACAGCCCGGCACUGCGGGACAAGGUGCCCCAUCCCAGCACCACAGAGGAGCCCGCUGAGCAGCAGGAGAGUGGAAGCCGAGGUGCCCAGGAGGAGCUGCCCACCCCCAGGGAGGGCGAUGCAUCCCCCCAGGCAGCGGCUGAGCCCCCCAGCGCCCGCGCCCCCAGCCGUGAGCCUGAGCCGGAUUUCUACUGUGUGAAAUGGAUCACGUGGAAGGGAGAACGGACGCCCAUCAUCACCCAGAGUGAGAACGGACCCUGCCCACUGCUGGCCAUCAUGAACAUCCUCUUCUUGCAGUGGAAGGUGAAGCUGCCCCCACAGAAGGAGGUGGUGACAUCGGAAGAGCUGAUGGCACAUCUGGGGGACUGCAUCCUGUCCAUCAAACCCCAGGAGAAGUCGGAGGGGCUGCAGCUGAACUUCCAGCAGAACGUCAAUGACACCAUGAUGGUGCUGCCCAAGCUCUCCACGGGUCUGGAUGUGAACGUUCGCUUCACGGGCGUCUCCGACUUCGAGUACACACCAGAGUGCAUCGUCUUCGACCUCCUCAACGUCCCGCUGUACCACGGCUGGCUGGUGGACCCGCAGAGCCCUGAGGCGGUGCGAGCCGUGGGCAAACUGAGCUACAACCAACUGGUGGAGAAGAUCAUCACCUGCAAACACUCUGGCGACCCCAACCUGGUGACUGAAGGGCUGAUUGCUGAGCAGUUCCUGGAGUCCACAGCCUCCCAGCUCACGUACCAUGGGCUGUGCGAGCUGACGGCCGCCGUGAAGGAGGAGGAGCUGAGCGUCUUCUUCCGCAACAACCACUUCAGCACUAUGAUAAAGCACAAGGGCCACCUGUACUUGCUGGUGACGGACCAGGGCUUCCUGCAGGAGGAGCGCGUAGUGUGGGAGAGCCUUCACAACGUGGAUGGCGACAGCUGCUUCUGUGACACGCAGUUCCACCUCAGCCAUGCCCUGGGCAAAGAGGCAGCCGCGCCAGAGCAGAGCCAGCUGGACCAGGACUACAUGAUGGCCCUUUCCCUGCAGCAGCAGCAGGGCCAGGGCCCCUCGGUGCUCAGCGACCUGGAGCUGGCACGGCAGCUGCAGCAGGAGGAGUACCAGCAGCAGCAGCAGCAGCAGCAGCGGCCCCCCCCGGCCCCCCCGCAGGGCCGAGCGCAGCAGGGCGGCCGCCCGACGCCGGAGCGGAGGCAGCGGCACAAGCAGAACUCGGACUGCACCCUCCUGUAGCCGACCCCCCCCCUGGGCCCCCCGUCCUGCAGGGACCCUCAGCAGAUCCUGGGGACGAUGUGGUGUGAGAUGUGGGGGUGGGGGGUCUCUCCUUGCACACUGCUGGGACCCGUCCCUGUUUUUCCAGUGGCCUUAACAUGGGGGUGAGGAACCUGUGGGAGCAGGGUUCCCCCCCUGUCCCCCCUCACUAUGGACCCUCAGGAGUGGGGGGGCCGCAUGGGGGGGAGAUGUGUGCCCCCUCCCACAGCAUCGCCUUAGCCAAUAAAGGACUUUGCCCAUUGCA